AUGUUUAAACAUCCCAGCGCAGUCGAACGAAGCGAGUUUGACUCGGCUACAUUUGCACCCAUCGUCGAGCUCUUUAAUCAUCGGGCAGGAGCAGCUGUGCGCUCUGGCUUUAACCAGCGGCGGGGCACCUUCGAAGUUAUCCUCCAAGCACCAGUAAAAAAAGGCGACCAGAUUUUCAUCGAAUAUUUGGAUGACGCCGAUCUUGACACAAUCUUCAUCGACUACGGCUUCGUUUUGAACGCUUCCAAAUCGGCAAUCCUCCUCGAUGAAAAGCUGGUGCAAGAAACGGCGGCAAAACUGGGCUUCCCAAAUCUAAAGCAGCUUUCUCGCCGAGCGAAAGAACUCACUGAAAGAUCGCGCUGGAGACUGAAGCUGGACACGGUGUCACAGGAGGCAGAAGCCGCCUUGCUCGUGUACUCCUGCGGUCACCUAGACAACGUUGAUGAGCUCUUCCAGCGUCACAAAAAUACGCCCUUGCUUGACCUGAAUGCCCACAAAAAAAAAAUAAAGUCGACGUAG